AUGUCCACCACCACCACGAAGGAACGUCACUACGCUCACUUGGCAGCACGGCUCAACGCGCUAAGCAACAAUUUGGCCAACACGCAUCACCACAUUGGGGUGGCAGCGGAGCAAGCUGUAUAUCUUCGCAAACUCGGAGCUAGCCAAGGUGCCGUCUUCAUGGCCGCUCUUGAUCAGGUCGAUAGAGAAGGAGCGGCGGGAUACGAGGAUUCUCAAGUCCAGGGGACUUCCGACGCCGAUGCAACAGCUCAGCGAAAGGCGUAG